AUGAAUCUCCUAGGAAAGGAAAUCCUUAUCUUGGAUGGGGGGCUAGGCACCACUCUUGAAGAUGAACAUCACAUUAAACUUGACGGGCGAACACCUCUGUGGUCUUCUCACACCCUGGUGGAGGGCGUUUCCACACUUCGCACCGUUCAAGAAGACUUUGCUCGUGCUGGUGCAGACGUCAUAAUGACAGCGACAUAUCAGGCCAGUUUUCAUGGGUUUGCGAACACAAAAACCACUCGACCGGGUGGUAUUGAAAAAGACGAAGCUAAACAAUUGAUGCUCUCAGCUGUUACUAUUGCUCGAGAAGCAUUCGGCGAUCGUAGGGGUCUUGUGGCUUUGAGCCUCGGGGCUUAUGGUGCGACCAUGGUCCCUGGCGCCGAGUAUAGUGGACUUUAUGGGAGCAUGGUAGAAGCUGGCCUGUAUGAGUUCCACCUUGAUCGGCUCAACGUUUUUGUCAACAGUGAAGAAUGGAAUGAAGUUGAUCUUGUCGCAUUUGAGACACUACCCCGGCUUGAUGAAGUGAGGGCCGCCAGACGUGUGAUGCAAGAUGUGAAAGGCAAGGACUAUUGGAUCGCUUGCGUCUUUCCCAACGAUGACGCAAAAUUACCCGAUGGCACGGAUAUUGACACGCUAGUCCGCACGAUGCUAGAAGGCGAAGACCGGCCUUUUGCAAUGGGCAUCAAUUGCACGAAAAUACACAAAAUCUCGGCGUUGAUUCUGGCUUUCGAGGAGGCUGCAAAAUCACAGGGCUUUGAUCUACCGAGACUCGUACUCUACCCGGAUGCGGCUGGGGGAAAGGUAUAUGACACCAAGUUAUGGCAGUGGAUUGGAAAUGAUGAAGAUGAAGCCCCUUGGGGGGAACAAGUAACCCAAAUUGUAAGCGAGGUGCGGAAGAGAGCAGCCUGGCAAGGAAUAAUUGUCGGAGGCUGUUGCAAGGCUAGUCCGCAGCAUAUCAAAAAGCUGAGAUCAUGUUUGGACAGUCAGGACGAAUGA